AUGGACUCUCCCCAGCCGUAUUCCAUUUGUGCGCAAUACGCGUGUUUAUAUUGCCGACAGCACAAAAGACGCUGCGAUAAGACCCUACCAGCCUGCAAGUUAUGCAUCCGCCGGAGCACCCCUUGUACCUACCCACGUCGUCGUGGUCAGAUACCUGCCUUGACUCAAGAUACUCAGAAAGCAGAAGGGACAAAGACAAUUUCCAUAGCUCCUAGUGACGCGACUAUAGCUCGGCACUAUAGGACAACACAUGUUACUACCGCUAUCCGCUUCAUUGAGCCCAGUGUCUAUCACGAUGCUUCACUAGGGCCGCCUCCUGAAGAUGUGUCCAUUCCCAGCAGUAUCGCAGCCCACGUCGGCGACCCCGAUCAGAUAUAUGAAAUAGGCGCAAAGUUUUUCCAGGCGACAUCUCUCUGGAUGCCAAUCGUUUGCAGGAAACGGUUCUAUGCUGAUGCACCUAACCCGAUUUCUCCCUAUCGGCGAGGCCUCAUCCUCUUAGCUCUGACGAUGAAGCUUUACUGCGCACCAGCCUCUGAGAAUGGUAAUGAUACCCGAUGGCCACUUUAUCAGUUGGUAAAGACGUUUUACGCGGACGUAGAGGCUACUGCUCCGAUGUCCGUGCACAUUCUCCAGGCCGCGGUAUUCAUUGCAAUCUAUGAGAUCGACCAGGCUAUAUAUCCUUCUGCAUACCUGAGUGUGGGUACUUGUGCUAGGUAUGGGACUGCCUUGGGCAUGAACAAAUUGAUGACACGUCGGGUUGGGGACGGUAAACCUGGACUUUCAGGGGUCGAGAUCGAAGAGUACAGACGUGUCUGGUGGGCUGUCUUGAUGCUGGAUCGACUCUUGAAUAUAGGAGACCCGGGCCGACCUUUGGCGACAGAGGAUCCAACAUUUGACAGUUUUCUGCCCAUAAAUGACAGAGACUUCAACGAUGGUAUAUUUCGGCCGGAAGAUGCCAUCACAAUAUCUGCUGGAUUCAAUCAAAAAACGAGCCUCUUCGGUGGUCUUGCUCAAGCAACCUAUUUGCUUGGUCAGACAAUCAAAUCUAUUUCGUCGUUUCCUUCAUCAUAUGGAGGGAGUCAGGCCGUCCGCUUCGAAGAACAUACAGCACAACUACGCCGUACGCUACACGCAUAUGUACAGAUGGUCGAAAAAUGGACCGCAGUACGGAAAUUACAGUACUGUCCCGCAUCUGCAAUUUGCUACAUUGCUCUCUUCUUGCUUCAGGAUCAUCACUGGAAACAAGUUGGCGCCGCAACAGCACAAGAAAUACGCAGCACCAUCUUUUACGAGACCAAAUCUGCCUGCGAAGCCAUCUGUAUCAUGGCCAAAGACCCAGAUGUGGGCUGUGUAGAUCCACCUAUCUCGAGGGUCGCAGGAGAACUCUCGACAUUGUUUCGGCAAAUGAUAUACCAAACCACGGCCCAGUUCAUAAUGGUUGGGUUUGGGGAUCCCGAUGCAGACACCAAAGAUAAGAUCGAAACUCUCACGGGCAUCUUACAUAUUAUGCAACCGCGUUGGCACCUCUCAAGUAAGCCAUUAUCGGAAUCAGUAUAA